UGACCACGGCAUCUGGGCGGUGUCCCACAACCCAAACACUUGUGUGAAUUUUAACAGGUCAACCUCAGGGAUGCCAUUUAAUAAUGAUAAUGGAUUUAAAAAAAUAGCAACCGACAUUAAUGGGUACCAUUGGUGUUAUUGUGCCUUUCCUGGACAUGAACUUUAUUCUGUCUUCCAAUGGGCUGAAGUUGCCCCGUAGCUUGGUGGGAAAGAAUCAUCUACGUAUCUCUUUAGCUUGUGCUCAAUGACAGCCUUACCGUUUGGUUUAUAGACAAACACCAUCACUCCAUGUUUAUGACUCCUUUGCCUUGUUUUGCCACUGAUGUUUUUGUACAACCUUCCCCCAGACAUAAUGCUCCACCGGGUUCAGAUAGGCUGAAAUUAUUUGAAGAUUAAGGUUUACCGCACCAUCACUUGCUAUAGCACGCUCGAGGCACCUGUCGUGUAAGCAGUGUGGUGCAUUGGUCUGCUGUGAAUGAACGUGCGCGCUGAAGGAGGAGGAGGAGGAAGAGGAAUCAUGGAAAAGGGGGGGACUACAAGAACUCCACUUGGCUGCGGAGACUCUCACUCCACACAGUGCAUCGCAGCAGCCUGAUGCGCACACUCGCCAUCGCUGGAUUCUCUGCAGCAGCGCAAAUCCAGCAAGAAAAGCAACUUAUUUCCUCCCCUACACAGGAUGCAGAGAUGAGGCUCGCACGGUUCUCUAUGCAGCUGAAUCCUCUCCUCCUCUCUUCCUCCUGACGAGGGGAGCAAACAGGACGAAAACCAAGCUGACUCAUGUGUUCUUUUUCUGAAAGAAGAUCGCAAAGGUGGAGCGAUUAGAGUACUCCCAAAUCUAAAUGGAAUUAGUUGAGUCUGCAGCCGUUUGUGAAAGGAAUAGACAUGGUACAUGGACACAGCUUCCAUCACGUUGUUGCAAGUCUUCUCCUACUUGGCUUGUCUGGUGCAACAAAGAGAGAUACAUCAGUGAAAAACAAUUCUGGGGUGAAACCAGCUGGUCAGUGUGGAGCGUGGGUGAAAGAACCAGAAGGAGGUCUCUUCACUUCUCCCAACUACCCAAACAAAUACCCCCCAGACACAGAGUGUGUGUACAUCCUUGAAGCCCCCCCAAGGCAGUGCAUCGAGCUCCAUUUUGAGGAGAACUAUUCCAUCGAGUCCUCAUGGGAAUGUAAAUUUGACAACAUUGAGGUUCGCGAUGGACCUUUCGGCUUCUCUCCUAUGCUCGGACGCUAUUGUGGUCAACACAGCCCGCCGGAUAUCAGGAGUAGCGGCCGGUACCUGUGGAUAAAAUUUGUUACAGAUGGCGAACUGGAGGCAGUGGGAUUUUCAGCCAGUUACAACUUCACUGCAGAUCCAGACUUUGCAGACUUGGGAGUACCACCACCUCUACCCUCAUGUCAGUACGAUAUGGUUGGUCCAGAAGGUAUCGUCGAGUCUCAUCAGAUCACCAGAGACGGGAAGGCUGACGCUAAUGAGGCCGUUGACUGCAAAUGGUACAUCCGGGCGCCGCCACACUCCAAGAUCUACCUGCGUUUCCUUGAUUAUGAGAUGGCCAACUCCAAUGAGUGCAAGCGCAACUUUGUGGCAGUGUAUGAUGGCGGCAGUUCAGUGGAGGACCUGAAGAGCAAAUUCUGCUCCACAGUGGCCAAUGACCUCAUGUUGGUAUCGACUCUGGGCGUAAUCCGGAUGUGGGCGGACGAGGCCAGCCGGAAAAGUCGCUUCCGCAUCCUUUUCACGACCUACCAAGAACCUCCAUGUGAUCCAGAUGCCUUUUUCUGUCACAGUAACAUGUGCAUAAACAACACAUUGGUGUGCAAUGGCCAACAAAACUGCGUGUACCCUUGGGAUGAGAAUCAGUGUAAAGAGAAGACGAAAGCCAACAUCUUGGACAACCUGAACAAUACAAACGGGACCAUCAUUGGCGUCACGUGCUGCAUCGUCCUUCUCCUCCUCAUCAUCUCCGUUGUCGUCCAAAUCAAGCAGCCUCGCAAAAAGUACAUCCUGCGGCGUGAGGACUUUGACCCCACCAUGUUUCAAGAGGUCUACGAGCCGCCUCACUACGAGCUGUGCACUUUACGUAGUGCCACGGCCGCUGCCUCAGCAGACCUAGUGGACCUAGCGGAAGAUUUUGAGAACUACCACGCCCUCCGUCGUGCCUCUUCACGCUGCAUCCACGACCACCACUGUGGCUCGUCCUCCAACCCGGGCUCGGCCCAGAUAUCCCAGUUGUCCCUCAGCGGGCGAGGGAGCCGCGGCAACCUGAGUUCACGGGACGCCGCGGCGGCCGGCCUCCUUGCAGACCUCCCCCAGCCUCCCAUGUCUGUGCGGCCUCUGCUGCCCAGCGCGGGGAACCGUAGGAGUAUCUUGGUCAUGAAGCACAGCUACUCGCAAGAAGGAGCAGACAUUGGCUGCGACCUGGAUGACGACUUGGAUGACGUUCCAACCACCAGCCACCGGCUUUCACGCCAUGAGAAGGCAGUACAGCGGUUCUGCCUCAUUGGCUCUUUGAGCAAACAUGAAUCAGAGUACAACACAACUAGGGUCUAAGGUAAGCCCCCUAAUUCAAUAAUCUCUGUGCUGUAUUUUGUGUAGUUAUCCUUUGCACAGUUUGCUUUGAUGAUUUUUUUUUUUUUUACUGUUGUUCAGUUUUAUUUUCAUUAAGAUGGUUCACUUGCUUGCAGCCAUCUUUCCCUUUUCCUGUAGUGUGUUAGCUUGACUGUGUGAUGUUGGAUUUGACUGCAUGAUUUGUUAUGGUGGACAAACUGUAGAUGUUGAAUCUGCAUGGACUUUUUUUUUAACUUUCCAAGCUUUAAUUGCAUUUGUUACCAAUCAAUACUGUAUUUGUUAAGCUUUUCACUACCCCCAACAGCAGUGAAACAGUGAAAAACAGGCAGAGGUUUUAUUUCUUAAAAAAAAAAAAAACGAGAGUUUAUUGAAAAUCAUUGUAACAAUAGGCAGUUGGAACAUUGUAUUUAAAUAUCAUAAAAUGUAAAAAUAUAUAUAUAUAUAUAUUUGAGUACCACAAAAGAGCACCCACAUGGAACACUUUUGAACCAAACAAGGUCCUUUGGAAUGGCAUGAAAUGUUGUUUCCACAAAAAUGGUCAGAAUAUGAAUAAUUUUCUCAAUCUAAACUAACAGAAAAUGCUUACGAUGUAAAACUGUUGAAACUAAAAAUCUAAAACAACUUUCUCCAGUUUUGUGUAACUUGUUUCAUUUUCAACCAGCAAAUUCUCAUUCAUUAUAAGACAAUUGACUUUUUUCUAAACUUGUGAAGGAUAUGAAUUAUCUUACAUAGUUUUUGGUGUGUUUGGUUGUCAUGAAAUCUAUGCAGUUUGUGUGUGAAAUAAUGUUUGCUCCUUAUGCAUUUUAUACUCACUAAACACUUCAUAAAGUACACCAGCAUAUGACAUACGAGUUGUAUCAAAUAUUCUUCCUUUGCAAAAUAAUACACAAACAAUAUCUUGUCAGAGAGGUAUGUGUUUAUUAUUGUCAGUUUGUGACUGGAUAAUAUGGUAAUUAAAAAUACUACGAAGUGAGAUUUAGUCACAAAUAGUUUGUACAUGUGGACUUAUUAAUGCCUGCUUUUAUUCUGCUAUUGACGAUGAUUUAUUUGCAGUCAUCACGUGAGCCUGCUUUAUCUUUUAGCAUGAAAACAGUGUUAUGCGAACGUGUAAGAGUGCGUGUGUGUCUUGUGUCUGUGUGUGGGUGUGUGCACUUAUGCUCUGCAUUAUGUGGCAUUGUUUCCAUUAUGUAGACUUCUUGAGAGUAGUGCAAUCCCGGAUGAGUGCAAGAGGGCAUCACUGAUGUUACAAAGUGGAGUGGACACUUACACCAGCAUGACGCUGAGGCUGAAUGGAGGCUUUGACGCUAUCCAAAAUGUUGUGAUCAUGUGCAAAGAUGAGCACAAAGGACUAGAUGAACACACUUCAUUGUUAUUCUCUGAAUGAAGUUUGCCGUGCAUCCCAUUUUUGUUUUUGUCGCCAAAGAAAAACGGCCUCUUCGUCUUCUGACUAAAUUUAGGAUAUUUGUUUAACUGUCAAGAAUGAUCAACCUUACAUGAUCUAACUUGAAGCAUGCAUUAUCCAAAUCAGUCAUAGAGUUCUUAGAUUUAUAGUUUUGUUAAUUAAAAUUGGAGCAUUUACUAACACAUAUCAAUGGUAAUACAUUUAUUUUAACAAUGAGUAUACAUCUUCUUCAAUAUCCAUUGAAAUAUAAGAUUAAACUAUCAAAGACCCCCCCCCUCAACCUCAACCUACUUAUAUUAGACAUAAAUUCCAAAAAUAUUUGUAGAAAUAAGAUGCAUUGCAUGCUGAUCGCUGAUCACAGUUCGGUAAACACCCAAAACGAAAUCAUUUAAGGAUUUUUCUUUUUUUUUUUUUACCCUUUGACUUUUUUGUCCUCUUAUAUCAUACAAGUUUUUUUUUUUUAAGAAUUAUCAUCACAGGAAGGUUAAUAUCUUUGUAUUAAUGGAGACUU